UCGAGGACUUUUUUUCUCUUUUCAAUUUUUAUCUACAGACCACGGUCUCUCUGUUAUCACUUGACAUUAUCGUCUAUUGAUUAUGGCGACGACCCGGAUAGGCAGGACCUUGCUUAUGGUCUUGGCACCACUAUCAAUUAUGUUCACUAUGCUUUUGGUUGCACAACAAAACGGAUACAUGUCACGAACACAAAAUAGGCCAUUGCCCAAACCCAUGAGCUUCAAUGGCACACGAGAAAACGCAGCGUUUGUGGUGCUCGUACGAAAUAGCGAACUCAAUGGAUUGCGAGAGACAAUGCAACAACUUGAAGAUCGGUUCAAUCGCAAAUACAAUUACCCUUGGAUCUUCCUCAAUGACGAACCCUUUGAGGACAAGUUCAAGGAGUGGACAGACGGGCUCGCGUCAGGUCAAGUCUAUUAUGGGCAAUUGAACCAUACGAUGUGGGGUUAUCCAGACUGGAUUGAUCAGGAGAAAGCGAGGGAAAGUCGUGCAGCCAUGGAGGCCAACGGUGUCAUUUAUGGCGGUAGUGAAUCCUACCGUCACAUGUGUCGAUUCCAAAGUGGAUUUUUCUUCCGUCAUCCUCUGCUGGAUGGAUUGGAUUAUUAUUGGCGCGUUGAGCCCCAUGUGAAAUUUUCUUGUGAUAUCGAUUAUGAUCCUUUCAAACUUAUGCGUGAGCGUGAUCUUAAAUACGGUUGGACGAUUUCAAUCAAGGAAUACGAAUCUACCAUUCCCACGCUCUGGAACACCGUCAAGAAUUUCAUGAAGGAACAUCCGGAACAUAUUGUUCCAAAGAAUGAUCCUGAGAGCCUAUUACCAUGGAUAAGCAAUGACGGAGGCGACACCUAUAAUUUGUGUCACUUUUGGAGCAACUUUGAAAUUGGAUCGCUGGCCUUCCUUCGGUCCAAGGCGUACUUGGAUUUCUUCAAUUACCUCGAUCAAACAGGUGGAUUUUUCUAUGAACGAUGGGGAGAUGCACCUGUGCACAGUAUUGCGGCGGCGCUUAUGCUGCGAAAGUCCGAAGUUCACUGGUUUUACGAUGUCGGCUACUUCCAUAAUCCAUACUAUCAAUGUCCGCGCGAGCCUGCUUGGGUGGCAGCCGAGAAAUGCUCUUGCGAUCCCGAAGGCAGUUUUGAUACCCAUUGGUAUAGUUGUACACCACAGUUUCUCGAAGUGACGCAUUCGAAACCCACCGAUUAUCUCAUCACGCAAAGAUAAUAACGAAAUAAGAGCUUUAUUUUACCAUUUGUAACUGGAUCGGUUUCCUCGUUGAAUGUUUGUAAGCAAUGUGGCAUGGUUUUACGAAAAAGGGCAAAAGGCUGCUUAUCAAAUAACCUGUGCUCGUUUCACAAUGGGCAUUCUUCUGAACGCGGGCCAACGGAACGGAUCAUCCCGAUUUCGCGCAACGAGACACAAACAAGGGUCCAACAAUGCGAGAUAUCCUGGCUGAUUGGCUCAAUUUUGAAAAAACAUCGAAUCGUGUGGGUCAUUGAAAGCCUGUGAUUGGCCAGAAUAUCCUCACACGCCAGAGCACCCAUCCUAAUUUUCAUUACUAAUGAGAGAUCAAGGAAGGAAUAUAAGAGCUUGAUUUAAUUGAGUAUUAUUGGUAAUUGUUUUAUGUAGCUAAUACAAGUUCGAUG